AUGCUGGGACUCACAGCCUCAGACGCGCCCCCGACCGUGGCGGUCACGAUCUUCUCGGCUGGAGUGGCGGCCGGCGUGGCGGAUGUGAUCACCUUCCCGCUGGACACGGCCAUAGUCCGGCUACAGGUCCAAUGCGAAUGCCAGACCUCCAGUGCUGUUAGGUAUAAAAGUGUCCUGGGAACAAUCACCACUCUGGCAAAAACAAGAGGGCCAAUGAAACUCUACAACGGGCUGCCUGCUGGCCUCCAGAGACAAAUAAGCUUUGCCUCUCUUAGGAUCAGCCUCUAUGAAAGCAUCCAGGAGUUCUUCACCACAGGGAAAGAAAGUAAUUUAGGAAGCAGGGUCUCAGCGGGCCUAACGAAUGGCGGCGUGGCCGUGUUCAUUGGGCAACCCACAGAGGUAGUGAAGGUCAGACUUCAAGCGCCAAGCAGUCUACAUGGUCCCAAACCUCGCUACACUGGGACUUACAAUGCUUACAGAAUUAUAGCAACAACAGAAGGCUUGAUGGGGCUUUGGAAAGGUUCUACUCCGAAUCUGACAAGAAUUGUCAUCAUCAGCUAUACAGAGCUAGUAACGUAUGACCUAAUGAAGGAGGCCCUUGUGAAAAACAAUUACAUUUCAGAUGAUGUACCCUGUCACUUUGUGUCCGCUGUUAUCGCUGGAUUUUGCACAACGGUUCUGUCCUCUCCAGUGGAUGUGGUGAAAACCAGGUCUGUUAACUGUCUACCGGGACGGUACACAAGUGUGUCCGACUGCGCAAUGUUGAUGCUCACUAAGGAAGGACCAUCGGCUUUUUUCAAAGGAUUUGUACCUUCCUUCUUGUGACUGGGAUCCUGGAACAUCAUCGUGUGUGUGCUCUGAACAGCUGCAGCGAGAAUUGAUGAAGUCGAGGCAGACCAUGGACUGUGCUACCUAAUCGUCUUCAGGGAAAGGAUGGAACAGACCAGUGGGAAUCUUUGCUAACUGGAUAAUUUUCAAAAAGUAAACAAACCUAUUCACUUUAUUUCACACUAAAAAGAUAAGAAACUCCGGACUAUUUUUUUCAAAGGAAAACUAAUACCUAGUUCUUGUGACUUUUAUUCUCAGUGUUUUAAGGAAGGGAAAGCAAAACAUUCAGUAUACACCCUGGCAAAUGUAAUGUCCAGAUAAGUUACUACAUUUGAUUGACCAUUUAAUGGGAGAGGGAGUUGUUUAUGAUUGAGUAUGAAGAUCUUUAACAGGUUUUAAUUAUUAAUUCAAACUGAUGGAAAAGGAAA